AUGGUCGAAGACGCGAUAGUUAAGGACACUUUGGCGUCCGCAGUAAAUGCGCCGGAUAGCUGGACCAUGCCUCUGACAGUGACCCCCAAAGGUGGGAUGUAUCCUGUACCUUUCGUGCUAGGCUUGGAUGUAUACAGCUACAAAUACGGCAAGCACAUGGCUUCCCGUGCAGAGGCCCGUGCACAAACGAGCGUCCGAGAACGAAGCGGCGGCGGAGGGAGUGCUGCAAACAGACCGACGAGACCAGCAAGCGCGACACCUGCCAAGUUGGUGCAGGCGGGUGUUCAUGGGAGCACGACCUUUCUUUGGAACGGCGAUGGAGCUCAUUCGGCAGACUCUGGUGCGUCCCAAGUUCGGAAAAAGCGACAGAAACGCACUGAUGACCUGCUUCAUGAGUUGGUUAUGACCUUCGGAGACCCGAUCGAUGUUGUCUACGAGUGGUUUGAGAUCUUUGCUUUUUAUUCUGAUCCUCCGGAAGCAGUUGCUUUGCCCAAGCUGCCAGAAAGGAGAGAGCAGGAUAUGUUUAUGGACAAAAUCGAGUUGCCGACGUCGCAAAGCCUCUCCUGCCUAACCUCCAGGCAGAACACCAAGCGACCUGUAAGGAGAGGUCGCACACAGUCCUUUUCGGCACCGCGCUUGCGGAGACCCGAGAUGAUCAGUGUGAAGGCGCCCUCCUUCGAGGGCGACAAGAAGUUUGAGGCUCUUCGGAGUGAGCUCUACAAGACACGCUCCUUGCUGAAGGAGGCUGGGCUGGCAGGAAAAGGAGCUGGCCACUUGGACUUGGGCCACCGGUUUAAGGCCCAGGCCCUGAAUGCAGAGUCAUUUGCAAGCUGGAUGGAGAGCUUUACCUUUAUUCUCAACCUUCAGAGGCCCAAAGCCGACAUGCCACAAGGAAAGAAAGAUCAGAGCCGAAGCAGUCGCCACAGUCGUCACAGCCAGCACAGCCGCCACACGAGAGGUGGCCACAGCCCCUCACGUGGACGCUCGGUGACGAGGCCUUCUGGGCCCUCCGACGUGGAGAAUGUCACCAAAAGGCUGCUGGCAAGACUGGACCAGAGGGUCUUGAUUGGUAGCUGGGAGGUCAUCACUAUGGAGGAUCAAAAGGAAUCCAGCAGUGCCGCCAGCAGCGACGAUGACAUGGAGAGAAGGCAGAUGAUCGCGCAAAGCUUGUCUCAAACAGAUGCCAGACAGAUCAUGUUGCGCAGCAGUAGCCUGGCAAUGCUGAACUCGGGCAUGAUCAAGAAGUCACAGUACAAAGCUGCGGACCGUACAAAGCCUGGAUAUGAUGAAGUGGUCAAGACACGUGCUCGAAUUCUCAACAGCAUUUCACCUGCAGAAAUGACGGUCAAGAACUUGACGUCUUUCCUGGCUCUAUUCGGGAUGCAACGCAAGGAAGCGUGUCAGCGUGCUGCCAGAUACUUCCUCUUUGCUGUCCCCUGCAGCUCGCAGACGGGAGCCAGCAAUCAAUCCGAAAUGGAUGAUGACGAUCAGGAAGACGGAGCAUGGCUUCAGGAGAAGCUUCCCUUCGAAGUCUUCUACCGCCUGAUGCGGGCGCUCUCUCAACCGGACUCCGGCUCCGAUGUGGCCACCUCCUACCUCGGCUCCGAGCUCCUCUCGCGGCUCUUGUUCUGCGUCUUGGUGGGCCACGAGGGUGUCCACCACUCAGCCGGCGCCGCGGCGCGCUUCCUGGACGACUCGACAUGCCGGGGCGUCUCCAGCCAAAGCCUCUGUCAGUCCCUGCGCCUCCUUUUGUCGAACGAGCUCCUUCAGUCCGAGUCCAGCUUGGAACAGCAGGUCCUCUCUCUUGCGGAGUUUCUGAGCUUGGCGCUCCAGCGCAGUGAGGCACGUUGGAAGCGUGUCCCAUUCGAAGAGUCCAGUGGCGUGAGCUACAACGGUUUCCUGACUUUCAUGAAGCAGCAGCCAGAUGCCUCCGUGCAUCUCCUCUUCCUCCUCUUACCUCUCGCUCGGAUGGGACCAAAAUUUGCGGCUGAGGAGAUGUACCUGAUUCGCAAGGGGCUAUCCCACCGGGCUGGUGAACUUCGAGCGAAGGCCGCGAAGUUGACUCGCCAGCGGCAGAAGAGGUGGCUUCUUGACCUGUACGCCAACCUCGUCCAACCUUGGAUUGAG